AUGUCUCGAGGCACCGCCUAUUGCGCAUAUUCUCUACCGUUGGGUCUGUGUUGCCUAUUCUUGGACGCCGUCUUUCUUGGGUGUUUAUACCCUCUUCCCUGUGUCAGAACGUCUGAUGAGGCAGGGAACUUCGAAGGAAGCCAAGGGGGGGCAAUACAACCAUCUACUGAAGCCAGGAAGGAUCUUUGCUUGUUUUCAUCGUUCGACUCAUACUUCGGCACCGGCCUUGCACGUUCUGCGCCUCUUUCUCGCCGCAAAGUGAUCCUUUCCUCUUCGACAGGACACCUACAAUUCACCGUGCCCGUGAUCUACGCCUGGACGGAGAAUGAAAUCUCAUCCGGAAGCACUCACGUCAUGUUUCUCGUUCUUGCGAUUUGA